UCUUGUUUUUUACUCUGUUUGGUUGGUGAGAAAGCUUAGGAAGAGAACUUGGAAACUGAAAGUAAAAGAAACUUAUAUAGGUUUUACUUAAAAGCUCUUUGCUUUCCUCGAGCCUUUUUGGAGUUGAUAAACUCUAUUUUCUUAGUAACCAUACAGAUCAGUCUAUGAUAUUCUUGUUUUUUAUUCUAUAGUCAGCGGAAAGUUUUAGUUUACGAUUCAUAAUAAUUAAUAGGUUUCUGACCAAUGCUAAUCAGAUCAAGUAUAUUUUUCAAAUCACAAGCUUUAGGAAAAUUAUUGGUUUCCUUUUUUCACUGAAUUUUGUUUUUGGGGGUAUUUCCUAUUGUUUUCCUUCUAAGUUCAUGUGAAUUGGAGCAGUUUUGUUGUUUCAAUGGACUGGAGGUUUGAAUAGGAAAUAACACAAGGAGUAGAUAUGAGAGGGGAGUCAUCUGGUUUGAUCAUUGGGAUUUCUAUAGGAGUGGUGAUCGGUGUGCUUUUAGCUAUUUUUGCACUAAUCUGUAUCAGGUAUCAUAGAAAGAGAUCCCAGAUAGGAAACAGCAGUUCCAGGAGAACUGCAACAAUCCCCAUCAGGGCUAAUGGAGCAGAUUCUUGUACUAUGUUAUCUGAUUCAACUAUUGGCCCUGAUUCACCAGUGAAAUCUGGAAGAAAUGGAAUGUCGGUGUGGCUCGACGGGCUUAGAAAAAGCAAUGUUGUCUCUAUGUCUGGAAUACCCGAGUACUCGUACAAGGAUUUGCAAAAAGCAACUUAUAAUUUUACAACACUAAUUGGACAAGGAGCCUUUGGUCCAGUUUAUAAAGCUCAGAUGUCAACUGGUGAGACUGUUGCAGUGAAAGUGCUUGCUACUGAUUCCAAGCAAGGGGAGAAAGAGUUCCAGACCGAGGUUAAGUUGUUGGGAAGACUGCAUCACAGAAACCUUGUAAAUUUGGUCGGAUUUUGUGCAGAAAAGGAUCAACAUAUGCUUGUCUAUGUGUACAUGAGUAAAGGCUGCUUGGCUUCUCAUUUGUACGGUGAAAACCAUGAACCUCUGAGCUGGAAUUUAAGGGUCUAUAUCGCUUUAGAUGUAGCAAGGGGCUUGGAAUAUCUUCAUGAUGGGGCAGCUCCUUCUGUAAUACACCGGGACAUUAAGUCUUCCAAUAUUCUGUUGGAUCAGUCCAUGAGAGCCAGGGUAGCUGAUUUUGGGCUUUCAAGAGAAGAGAUGGUGGACAAACAUGCAGCGAACAUACGAGGAACAUUUGGAUAUCUUGAUCCGGAGUAUAUAUCUACGAGGACCUUUACAAAGAAAAGUGAUGUUUACAGCUACGGGGUAUUGCUGUUUGAACUCAUAGCUGGCAGAAAUCCAUUACAGGGUCUCAUGGAAUACGUUGAGCUAGCAGCUAUGAGUACUGAAGGGAAAGUCGGGUGGGAGGAAAUCGUGGAUUCGCGAUUGGAUGGGAAAUUCGAUGUGCUGGAGCUCAACGAAAUAGCAGCUCUUGCAUAUAAAUGCGUGAACCGUGUUCCGAAAAAACGACCUUCAAUGAGGGACAUCGUGCAAGUGCUAACCCGAAUCCUUAAAACAAGACACAGCAAGAAACAUCAGAAGUUCCUAUCUGCAACCGCGAAUGAGGUUUCAAACGACUUAGAGCAAGGAGAAACUAAGAAUCAAAUAACCGAACACCAGAGAGACGAGUCCAUGGACAGCACAGGUGGCACCUUUGAAAUGUAACCAGUGGUUCUUCCAUUUGUUAACAUGUUUCUUGGAUUUGAUCUUUUUGUUUUGUGUGAUAGGAUGUUCAGACGUGAAGGAGGGUGUGUUUGUAGUAUUGGAAUUCUCUUUUGAGUGAGUCUUUAGGGUAAAAGGAUUGUUUAUAAUUUGUUGUAACAUGAUUAGAUUUUCCUCCUU